CUCUGUUUCCUCUGCUCUCACAAAACAGAGGAGUUGCAGGGACUUCUCAAACAACACCAAUGUCAUCCAACAAAACGAUGAUGACGUUGCAUGGAGUUAUAAUUUCUCCAGAAAAUCUUUCUGUCUGUCGGUGAAGAAACCAACAAAACAUGGCAUCGAGAGAAGGGACUUCUCAUCAUGAUUCAUGGAUGAUGAAGACACACAAAGUGAUGAAAAAGGCUAACAAUUCACUUAUUGGGUACAUGAGUCACAAGCCUCAUUGGCCAAUAUCUCCUGGGAGUGUGGAGAAGAUUCUGAAGCCCCAACACAAGAAUGUGGAGAAGAUUAUUAACAUGGGUUUUGAUCUCUUCAAGAACAAGAAAACUUCAAACCCUGAGCAAGUUCAUCAGUUGCGUUUGCUUGAAAACCAUUUGAUCCAAUGGCGCUUUAUAAAUGCUAGAGCUCAUGUUGCCAAUCACAGAUUGUCUCACAUGGCUCAGAGCCAUUUCAUUUGUGCUUUCAAUGAUAUAGCCAAGUUGCGACAAUCGGUGGUGCAAAGGAAGAAGGAGAUUCAGAGAGUAAAGCUUAAGAUGAAGCUAACUUCUAUACUACAUUCUCAAAUGAAGCUAUUGAAAAUGUGGCGAAAAAUGAGAAGGCAACAUGUAGCUGCAAUUACCUUGAUGAAAGACUGUUUGUAUUCUGUUGCAUGCAGAGUUUAUCUUUUGGAAGGUGCAAAGGUGGAUGUGCAAUUAUCAUCCAUUUAUCAGAGGCGUGCAGCUGAUCUAACAGAUUCCAUGAAGUCAAUGUUAUCUAGUUUUUCACCCUUGGCUGAUAAGACUGCUGAGUUGAUAUCAGAAUUAGCAAAAGUUGUAGUACAAGAGAGGUUUCUCCUAGAGGAAUUCAAUGAUAUCUUCCACACCAUGUGUGUCCUUGAGCUUCAAGAAAGUAGCUUGAUUUGCAAUCUCAUUCAACUUGAGUGUUGACAAGGGAAAUAUCAAAAGUUGCAAUUGCUAUCAGAGAUCACUUGGUAGGUAUUGAUGUAAAUAGUAGAUCAACAAAGUUAACAAAUACCUAUAAAUAUGGUCUAUAUGUAAACAAUAAACUAGAAGCGAAAUUCAAUUGGAAAGAAUUAUUCGUAUGUAAAGGCUGCUAACAUGGCAUUAGCAUUUGUUCAUACUACCUCCAAAUUAGGAUGUUUUUCUUUUCUUUUGGCCGAGUAUGCAGGUUUAGUUUCUGUUUAUCUAGGUAAACCUGGGCAAUGAAA